AGCAAUGCAAAACUCGGCACGUAAAAAGGGGGAGAGGCCUAAACUCGUCUCUUUAUUACGCCAGUCGGGAUUUUGUGUGUUGUUGACAACACAUAUCUCUCUUGUCCGAACAAACAAAGCCAAACGGACACACACAGAUACAUACACACUCACUCAUGGCCUCUUCUUUCUUCUCUCUACUACGUCUCAACACCUCUUAAAACCUCCAAAAACCCUAAUCACACACACACACACUCUCUCUCUCUCUCUCUUCCUGAAUUCCCAUCUCAAACUCUUCUCAAUUCUCACCCAUUUCACUGAUCUCUCAAAUUCAUUCCAUCUCAAUUCUCAAACACCACACACACGCAAACAUAUAUAUUCGUAUAUAUCGAAUUUGAAGUAAUGUCUGGUUCGGGAGGCUUCGCGGUGUCUCGAACCCACGCCGGAGACCGAUUCUACAACCCGCCGGCGAUUCGGCGCCACCAGCAGUUUUUGUUGCAGCAGCAGCAGCAACGGUUGCAGAGGCAGUUUCCGACGCCGGUGAAGUCGGAGGCGGCGGUGGUGGAGGCGGAUACUUGGACUGACUCGGACGAUUCGACUACCACAUUGUCGAAACCGCCCUCAGUCUUUUCAUCUUCUCCUUCCAGACCGGCGAUGAGUGUGACUAACUUGGAUCGUCUAGUGGAAUCUGUUACUCCCUUCGUUCCCGCUCAAUUCUUCUCCGAGUUACAGGUAAAUGCGAAGGGUUGGAGAAAUCGGGAAUCUGACAUGCAACCAUACUUUUGCCUUGGUGAUCUUUGGGAGUCUUUGAGAGAAUGGAGUGUAUAUGGUGUGGGGGUGCCUCUCUUGUUGAAUUGGGAAGAUUCAAUUAUACAGUAUUAUGUUCCGUACUUGUCGGGUAUACAGUUGUACGUGGACCCAGCGAAGUCUCCUGCAAGGCUUAGGAGGCCUGGUGAGGAGAGUGACGCUGGUAGUGGAGGUAGCAGCGACUGUGAAGCAGAUAGACGGGCCCAAUAUGAUGGGUCAUGGAGUCAGCAUAACCUCAUGAACUUGAACUCCCACCGAAUGUACAGACUCUCUUUGAGAGAUAAAUCUCUUGUGAGCUCAUCCAGUGACGAAGCAGAGAUCUGCAACUCACCUGGGAUGCUCAUAUUUGAAUAUUUGGAACAGGAACAACCACAUAAUCGCAAACCUCUAACUGAUAAGAUUACAGUGCUCACAUCUCAGUUUCCGGAGCUUAGUAAGUACAAGAGCUGUGAUCUACUGCCUACAAGUUGGGUUUCUGUGGCUUGGUACCCAAUAUAUAGAAUACCUAUGGGCCCAACACUACGGGAUCUGGAUGCAUCUUUUUUGACCUUCCAUUCUUUGUCAACACACUCUAGAAGCAAUGGUCAGGUGCAGUUUCAUGGUGCAAGUGGUGGGAAGGUACAUGGCGGUGUUGAUGCAUCUUCAAAGCUUUCUCUGCCAGUCUUUGGCCUUGCUUCCUACAAGCUGAAAGGUUCAAUUUUGACUCCAAGUGGACCCUACGAGUGCCAGCAAGAAAACUCUCUAAUGCAAGCUGCCGGCAAUUGGCUCCAGCGUCUGCAUGUCAUUCUUCCUGAUUUUCAGUUUUUUCGUUCUCAUUACUCACAGUGGCGAUGAUGGGGUCAUGUAGUGCCUUUCAACACCUUUCUUUCUCUUUCAAAGGGUCUUCGAGGUCAGUUUUGGGAAUGAACAAUGUCAAAUGCUAACUUUGCUAGGAAAACCCUCGUUGUCUUCACAGCUUGGUUGAAUAUUGUGCAGUGUUGUUUAGUUCUUCUCAUCUUAUAGUAUGUAAGCUUUCUCUUAGAGUAUAGAGUUCACAGUAUCAGGUAAAAAAUGCUUAUGGUUCAGCCAGGCUCUGUGAGCCAUCAGUUAGGUUUUGGGCUGCAAUGCACCCUGAAAUCCAGAUGGCCUCUCGCUUAUUUUGUUGUGUAAGGUGAUAGAAACUGUUGAUGAUCUUGAUAUGUUGGUGGAACCACCAAUUCUGUUUAGUCAGUGUUCAGAGAAACUCGACAAUUGUCUGAGAUAAUGAUGAAAAUUUGUACUUUUAGUCUGCACAUACACAGCUAUACCCAGUUAAUUUCAAAACAGGUUUCUUU